UUUACUGUUACGUGGUUGUCAGGGAGGGAAAAGUUCCGCGCGGGUUGUCAGGUCAGACCAGCAACAACAGAGAGAAGUCAUGAUGGACGUGGAGACGGAGCAGAAACCCACAGAGAGCGGGCAGCAGGCGGACUCAGGAGCCGGAGAGGCUUCGGCUAAGAGCUCCGGCGGCUCCUACGAGCUGCCCUGGGUGGAGAAGUACCGUCCGCUGAGGCUGAAGGAGAUCGUGGGGAACGGGGAGACGGUGAGCCGGCUGGAGGUUUUCUCCAGAGAGGGAAACGUCCCCAACAUCAUCAUCGCAGGUCCUCCAGGCACAGGAAAGACCACCAGUAUCCUAUGUUUGGCCCGACAAUUGCUGGGAGCCUCCAUGAAGGACGCCGUGCUGGAGCUCAACGCUUCAAACGAAAGGGGAAUUGAAGUGGUGAGGAACAAGAUCAAGAUGUUUGCUCAGCAGAAAGUCACGCUGCCCAAAGGACGACACAAGAUCAUCAUUCUGGACGAAGCCGACAGCAUGACAGACGGAGCUCAACAGGCGUUGAGGAGGAUCAUGGAGAUCUACUCAAAAACAACGCGCUUCGCUCUCGCCUGCAACGCCUCCGAUAAGAUCAUCGAGCCGAUCCAGUCUCGCUGCGCGGUGCUCCGUUACUCCAAACUGACCGACGAACAGAUCCUGUCCCGGCUGCAGGAGGUGGUGGAGAAGGAGCAGCUGUCGGUGUCUGACGACGGGCUGGAGGCCAUCAUCUUCACCGCCCAGGGAGACAUGAGACAGGCGUUGAACAACCUGCAAUCCACCAACGCCGGCUUCGGCUGCAUCAACAGUGAGAACGUCUUCAAAGUGUGCGACGAGCCUCACCCGCUGCUGGUGAAAGGCAUGCUGGGACACUGUGUGGACGGGGACAUCGACAAGGCCUACAAGGUGAUGGAGCAGCUAUGGGCGCUGGGCUACUCUCCGGAGGACAUCAUCGGGAACAUGUUCAGGGUCUGCAAGGCGUACCAGAUGGCAGAGUACCUCAAACUGGAGUUCAUCAAGGAGAUCGGUUACACUCACAUGAGGGUGUCUGAAGGUGUGAACUCGCUGCUGCAGAUGGCAGGUCUGCUGGGUCGACUCUGCAGCAAGACGGCGCCCCCUGCUGCCAGCUGAACUCAACAAAACGGCUCGACCACCACCACCGUCUUUCUAAACCUGCUGCUGCCUCCUCACAGCGCCGGUCUCUUCUGUGUUUCAUGCUGAAGGAGCUGCACAUUAUAGUUAAGUUAACUCUGGACAGCAUCUCACACCUGAUGAUGUUUUUGAUCAGGUGAUCGGCUCAUCAGUGUUCAUCUGGGUUCAUCUGUUGCACUUGUUUCAACCUGACGUCACCGCAGACAUUUUGUGUUCGCCUGUGGAAGCAAAAUAAUGUAAAAAAAACUAGAGACAAUAAAUCAUCUUUUCAUUAAU